GGAGAGAGGCCGCCCGAGAGCCUGGGCGGUGCGUCGGCGAGAAUGACAGCUCGGGUGUUCUGGCUGUUCUGCUUGCUCGCGGGUUCUGCUCCCGAGACCCCGGCGGCGGCGAGCAAAGCCUCGCCGCUGCCCCCCCACCGGCAACCCGACCCCGGCGGCGGCGCGGGCACGCAGUCGACGCCGAGCCCGCGGGUGCAAGCGGUCCCCGAGCCCCCGGACCGCGCCUGGCCCGACCCGCGGCCCCGGAAACCUCGGCCGCACGCCGAGAACCGAGCGGGUGUCCGCGAGGUGGCGCGCGCGCCCGCGGGCCCGCCGAGCCCGCGCCUCGCGCAGGCCGAGAACCAGCCCUCGCUGCGCCGCGCGCGCGCCCGGGCCCCGCCCUUCCCCGUCGCUCGGCCGCGCACCCGCGCGCCCGAGGCACCCGCCGGCCCCGCCCACCCCAACCGGCCGCGCGCACGCGCCCCCGAGGCGCCCGCCAGCCCCGCCCACCCCAACCGGUCGCGCGCCGCCCCGCUGCCGCCGCCGCCGCCGCCGAGCGCCGCCGAGCCUUGCGCGCGCGCCUGCAGCGCGGACCCCGAGGAGCGCGAGGCCUUCUGCGCCAGCGAAUUCGCGGUGAACGGAAUCGUGCAGGAUGUGGACGUGCUGGGAACGGGGAUCCGCCUGGUGACUCUGCUGGUGGACCGGGACGGGCUGUACAAGAUGAACCGCCUGUACUUCACUCCGGACGGGUUUUUCUUCCGAGUGCACCUCCUAGCCCUAGACCCCUCCAGUUGCAAUAAGCCAUGCCCAGAGUUUAAACCCGGCAGCAGGUACAUCGUGAUGGGCCACAUCUACCAUAAGAGGCGGCAGCUGCCUGCAGCGCUCUACCAGGUCCUCCGAGGGCGUGUCCGGCCGGGAGAUGGGCUGCUGAGACGCAGCAGCAGCUACGUGAAAAGAUACAACCGCAGACGGGACGGGCAGGUGCAAGGUGCCGUCCACGCCCCGUGCCCCUGAGCCCCCUCGCCCUGGCCGCGCCGGGCUCUAGAGACAGGUCUCAGGUCGGACAGCGGGGUCUUCCUUUCGCACAGGGCUCAGGGCCCUGGAGGAACGGGUCGUGUCGUUCCCAUUCUGACCUCGAACUCGACACUUUGUUACUCACCACGCGCUCUUGACACGGAAGACGGCUCUGCCUCUGCCGUUACACAGCUCAGAUAACUGACCUGUCCAGUUAACAGAUCACGGCUUCGUGUUGUUUAUUUUUUAUUAUUUUAAUUUAAAUACAUUCUCCAGUAGAAAUAGAGUUCACAAAAAAAAACCAUUUCCUUGAUUUGAAAUAUACAACUUUGAAUCGUCUUUUAUAGCAUGUAUCAAACCAAAUUUUAUACUCAAAGCAUCACAUUUUAAAUUCUGUACAAACAGUAAGUGCACUAGUCAGAGACAUGUUUGGAGUGUCAUUUAGAUCAAAGCUAGGUCAGAACCCAAGACAAGUACUGAAGUUUUACACUGAAGGCAUACUAAAAGUUUUAAUUCAAGUGAAAUAUUACUCAAACAAGUGUUAUGGAUGUACCAAAGUGUAAGCUCUACUUUAUUUUUUAAGCUGUCCCAAUUCUAGAAACUUGUAUGUGUCAAUCUGGAAUCUAUCCCAGUGCUUAAAUAUAUUCUGGGCAUAUCUGAUGUCAUUUUUCUA